AAAAGUAACGUACAUUCAAAAUGAAAUUCGCCUCGAUUUGUUUUGUAGUGAUUUUGUGUGCAACGGUGGCAUCCGCCGAAUCGGAACCGACCAAUCAAAUAUCAUUCAGAGAUUUUGUUCGAAAUGAUUACCAAAGCUUGAUAAAAAAGUUCAAGGAACAUGGCAUUGAUGUGAAUUGUAUUGCAAAGUUUGCUGGCCACUACCUCGGUAAUAGCCUUAUCCGUGGCCGUUUAACCGAAGUCAACACCAAACUCAGCCUUAUGAUGGGUCAGUGGGAAAAGUGCUUAAAAUCGAAAAAUAAAUACCAAUGCAUGCUUAGCGUUGCUGAAAUGGGUGCUAAUACCGUUAGUGAAUUUUUCAGGGAAAUGGCUAAGGAAGAAUACGAGAAAUUGUUAAAACUAAUGGGAGAAGAUAUAUUGAAUGAAUGCAUCGAAUCCGUUGAUGCAUUAGACGCCCUUAAAGAGUUGAAGUUAGAGGGAUAUUGCGUCAUGGCAAACAUCUCCCAAUCUUUUAAGAACACUGAAGUUGCCCCAAUUUGGAAACGAUACGUUGAUCAGCUGAACUCUUCAGGAGAUAGCGACAGGGGUUGUGCAGCAAAAUUUAGUCUAAUUGGAGUAACUAAAUGCAUUUUUACCGAAUCGCCCGAGGAAGAGGAAAUUCGCCGCGAUUUAUUCAAACACUUGAAAAAUUUCUCCGAGGAAGGUAUUUUCAAAAUUGCAGAAGAAAUCGGCAACAAAUGCUUACAUUGAAUUGUGACAACUUUUCCAAUAUUCUCCUGGACAAUUUCUUAUUCAAAUCGGUUUUUGGAUUGAAAUUACCGGAAUCACAUCACAUAACUCCAUUUGUUGUAUGAAGAAAUGAAAUAAAUUGACUUUACAUUGAAA